AUGGCAUCUCGGUUUCUUACCUGGGAGAUUGUGAAAAAUCACCACGCGUAUAUCAUGAAGCGCCCCAACAUCCGCACGUUGAGCAAGGAACCAGGAAACGUGCGUAACAUCCACUCCUUCAAAGCCAAUGGCUUUAUCCACCCAAAAACUAUUGAUAUCCAGCCUGCGAAGGACAAUAAAGGAGUCGUCAUUACCCGCCGCAAGCGAAAUAAGAUGAACCGACCAGCGGCUCAAACGAAAUCCAUGAUCAUGAAGACCGGUCCUCGUCGUCUGUUGUGGAAGGUUGCCCGAGUGAUCGUGACAGAUAGAUACCGUCAUGAUCUCAAAAAGGCCGCCAUGCGCCGCGCAAGCGCAAUUCUCCAAAGCCAAAAGCCCAAGAAGAUCAAGAAGCGCGGAGGCGCCAAACCCGCGGCGAAAAAGUGAAAGAAAUGUCUUUCGUGUUUGUGUCCCGAAAGAUUGAUGAAAAAAACUGAAAGAAGGACCGACAUUA